CACACACUCGUAGUGGUUUCCAAUUGGAAAGAACCUUUCCGGACGGGGGAGCACGUUUCGCGUAAAAAAAAUAAAAAUUCGACCGUGAUUCGGAUUCGAUUCCGGUGGCAGCCACAGAUUCUAUUAUUAACAAGCCAAGAAGAACCUGUCGCACCAAUUGCACAUCCAUCAUCUCGCCCCCUUUUCCCACCAGCAAUAUUAUAUCCGACAUAUAAUAAUAUCUGUUUACAAGAGCAGGCCCAGCAGCUGACGCCGCAAUCGCAGCUGUAAAAAAGGAAGGAAAAUCCCAAAAAGAGACCGCAGGGGAUAGCAUAAAAAAAAAAAAAGAAAAACACGCGACCUGCCCCGCACAUUUUUGUGUUUUUUUAUUGUGAAUAUUUGAUUUAGCAAGAUUAGCUAAAAAAAAAGAGUCCACAAAUCGUGAAUCGUGAAUUAAUUUUGUUGGGGAGAACACGAGAAAAACAGCGGGAAAUUCGGCAAACUGCAGAUUACACAACUGCAGCAACACCAUACACACACACACACACAAACACACAUACCUCCCGCCUCCCACAAAUCGUGCCGCAAGAGCGAUAGAGAGAGAGAGAGAGUGUGAGUGGAAAAGUGCAGAGCAGGAGGAGCAGUGAAACACUAAGAGAGCAGUAAAGAGACCGAAAGGAGGUCACAUUUGUUGUGCCGCUAUAUUCCUUCGAUUCUGAUUACCGAGUCGCCAAAGCAACAGCUGAGCGGCCCCCCCCACUUCUUUUUUCAUCUUUUUUUUUGCCGAAACACACAGCAGAAAUGGGUCUACUGAGCGAGGGCAGUCCACUUUCCUGGGAGGAGACCAAGGCGCUGGCGGAUCACGUACGCGAGCACGGAGUCAAUCAGUUCAUCAACCUCUACCACAGACUGAAGGAUCGCCAGGGCGACAUCCUCAAGUGGGGCGACGAGGUGGAGUACAUCAUCGUCAAGUUCGACGAUGAGCAGAAGGUGGCCCGUGUGGCACUGCGCGCCCAGGACCUACUGGCCGAGCUCAACGAGAAGGAGCAGGCCGAUCCCAAGGGCGUCAAGUCCCUGUGGCGUCCCGAGUACGGUGCCUACAUGAUCGAGGGCACGCCCGGCAAGCCCUUCGGCGGCCUGAUGGCCCACUUCAACCUGGUGGAGGCCAACAUGCGCUACCGCCGCGAGGAGGUCACCGAGCUGCUGGGCAGCGACGAGUGCGUCAUGUCCAUCACCAACUUCCCGCGCCUGGGUGCCCCCAAUUUCACCUAUCCGCUGGCCCAGCCCCGCCCCGAGGAUCCGCUCAGCUCGGCCAGGUCCCUCUACUUCCCGGACGAGGCCAUCUUUCCGGGUCAUCCCCGCUUCAAGACCCUCACCCGUAACAUUCGCAAGCGUCGUGGCGAGAAGGUGUCCAUCAAGCUAAAGGUCUUCAAGGAUGUGAAGACCAAGCUGCCCGUGGAGGGAGCCCCGCCAGGAGAGCCGGACGUCGUUUUGCUGGACGCCAUGGGCUUCGGCAUGGGCUGCUGCUGCCUGCAGCUGACCUUCCAGGCCUGCAACAUCACGGAGGCGCGUCGCCUCUACGACCAGCUGGCCCCGCUGUGCCCCAUCAUGCUGGCCCUGACGGCCGCCUCGCCCAUCUACCGCGGCUACCUGACCGAAUCGGACUGCCGCUGGAACGUGAUCAGCUCCUCGGUGGACUGCCGCACGGAGGAGGAGCGCGGCCUGGCUCCGUUGAAGAACCAGAAGUUCCGUAUCGCCAAGUCGCGUUACGACUCCAUCGACUCCUACCUCUCGCCGGAGGGGGCCAAGUACAAUGACGUGCCGCUGACCUACGACGAUGCCGUCUACCAGCGACUCAUCGACGGCGGAAUCGACCAUCUGCUGGCCCAGCACGUGGCCCAUCUGUUCAUUCGCGACACGGUGUCGCUGUUCAGCGAGAAGGUCAACCAGAACGACAACGAGGACACGGACCACUUCGAGAACAUCCAGUCGACCAACUGGCAGACCAUGCGCUUCAAGCCACCGCCGCCCAACAGCUCCAUCGGCUGGCGGGUCGAGUUCCGGCCCUGCGAGGCCCAGAUCAGUGACUUUGAGAACGCGGCCAUCGUCUGCUUUGUGGUGCUCCUGACUCGCGUCAUCCUCUCGUACCAGCUGAACUUCCUCACACCGAUCAGCAAGGUGGAUGAGAACAUGCAGACGGCCCAGAAGCGCGAUGCCUGCCGCAAGGAGAAGUUCUGGUUCCGCAAGUCCUCCAAGACCACCGAGCAGCGCGCCGCCAAGGCCAAUGCUCGGGCUCAGGCCGAGGCUCAGGCUCAGGCCAAUGGCAAGGCCACUUUGAACGGAGGAGGAGCUGGUGUGUUGGAGAACGGAAACGGCAACGGGCUGGCCAACGGAAGUGGCAGCGAGAACGGCGACAUCGAUGAGCCGCUCACCAAUGGCACUGGUCCCAAGCUGAACGGACACGCCGCCACCAAUGGCACUAGCAAGACCAAUGGCACCACCAACGGCUCCACUAAUGGCCUCUCCAAUGGCACCGACAGCGAUCACACCGACACCGAUGACGAGGAGAACGAGCUCUUCCAGCUCCUCUCCAUCAACGAGAUCUUCAACGGAAAGCCCAAUGUAUUUCCGGGUCUGGUGCCGCUGAUCCGCAGCUAUCUGCAGUCCAUGGAGGUGGACACCGACACCCACUGCACCAUCGAGCAGUAUCUGCGCUUCAUCCAGAAGCGUGCCGCCGGCGAGCUGAUCACCACGGCCACCUGGAUGCGUGAGCAGGUGCUCAGUCAUCCGGAUUACAAGCAAGACUCGGUGGUCAGCGAGAGCAUCAACUAUGAUCUGCUGAAGCGCAUCCAGAGCAUCCAGGAGGGCAAGCACGUGGAGCCGGCACUGCUCGGCCAGGGCUAUCAUUCCAAGACGAAGACGAAAGAGUUCAUUCCGCCGGCACUGCAGAAGCAGCUGGCCAAGAACGGGUGCUGCGAGGAGAAAUGAUUGAGGAGCGCGCUACGGACGCGUCCAACGCAGCUGGCCCGCGUCGGCCGGUGGCGAAUGUGAUUCGGGUUUUGUGGGUCCCUGAGAUGUUAUGAUGAUAUGAUGGUGAUGUAUGUAACAGCGUAACAUGAUGCGAUGCAAGGCGAGGCAUAGCUGGGCGCUGAGCAGAGUGGACCAAAACCGGAAGCGAAAUUGCAACCGGAAGUGCAGAGCGAAGAAGCAGCAACAUUUAUCAAUAUUAUUUUUAUAGCAUAAUUUAAACGAAGAAUAACAAUUAGUGUGUGUGUGCACCGGAAUCCUAAUUGUGGACAAAUGUUUUGCGGCUGAAAAAAAAAAAAAAAACUACAAAAAAAAAAUAGACGGUAGCACGUGGAGGCGGAGAGGAUAAUCGGACUGCCAGCCCACCAGAUAUAGGGCAUAUAGGGCAUCAAGGAAACGAGGCUUCUCUGCCGCCACAAGGUCCUAAAAUCGAACCGAUUGCAAUAGUUAGAAGUGGAAAAUUACAAUAUAUUACUAACCAUACCCAACCGACUACAAAACCAAGAUAAAUCUCAACCAAGUGCCGUUCCACAACACCUAAAAUACAUAGCUAAAAAAAAAUAAAAAAAAUGAUAAUGGGAGCAGGAGGAGGUCCUCUUGAGAGCCGGCUCUUGUUUUGUUUUCGUUUAAUUACAUAUAUAUAUAUAUAUUUAUUAUGAUUAUUCUUAUAAAAAUUUCAAGUAAAACACAACUUUAUUAUUAUUAUUAUUUUUUUUUUUUAAAUAGAUAUAUGUAUGUAAAACACAACCACGCAACAAAAAAUGUCUAAAAAGUGGCCUGAUGUUAUUAAAAACAAAAUAGAUAUAUUAUAACUAAGCAAAAAGAAAAAUCUAAACACUACUGAGAUGAACGAACUUUUGCAAUUAUAAUUUAUUGUGUAUGUGAUUGUUUUCACCAUUAUGAUAUAAUUAUUAUGGUUUACCCAUUUAUGCAACUAUUGUGACCACAAGCAAGCAAAUAAACGGAUAAAAAAAUUGUUGAAUCUUAA